UGACAACAAAAAAUCAUUUGUGCUUCCUAGGAAUUUUCUGUGUCCACGAUUUACCAAUAGUGGUCGCAUGCGCUCUAUCGUAAAAAAUCCAUCAGCCAUAUUGGUGUGUUGUAUCGUUCGCCCAGUAAUUCCGAACUUAAAUAAGCAGAAAGUGCGUCAUGACGGAUUCUAUGAAAUUUGGUCCAGAAUGGUUGCGCAAUUUGUCGGGAGACGGUUGCAAUACCGGAGGUGGUGGUGGAGGGCCUGUGAGCCUAACUACCCCUCGUUAUCAGCUAGCGGAGCAUAGGUACGGUCGGGAGGAGAUGUUAGCUCUGUUCGAUCGCAACUACAAGCCCCCUGAACCUUUAACCAUCUUCUCAACGCUGUACGUCGAAAAGACUCAACUACCGUUGGCCCUCAUACAAAUGACAGAGGAUGAAACGCGUAUGUGGAAUGGCGGAAUAACGAGUAGCGGAGGUCGUGGUCGAGGAGGUAGUGUCGAUCGUGGAGGGCGUGGUAGAACCGGACGAGGCAGCCUGUAUUCGUCUCAUUAUUCUCGUGGUGUCAGUUUCGAUGAAGCGGGAGAUGGUCCGAGACUUGAUACACAGCCUUUUCCGGUAAGAAGCAGACCCUUUGACAGGUCACAAAGUGAGCGUAGUUGGACAGAAAGAAACGGGGUUCCUGUCCCGGGUGAAUGGAACGGGUCAACGAGCCCCAGGAAGGAGUUAGGUCGAGGAACUAGUGGGGGUUCUCUUAUGGAAGGUAAUUGGCGACGCCAUCGAGGUGGCGGGGAAGACGAUGAAGGGUGGCGCGUUGCUUCUAAUAGUCGAGGAGAAAAAUGGGUUAGAAGCAGCUGGCGCGACGGUGGUGGCUCAGAUCGUGACAGAUUGGACAGGGCUGAUGGUGAUGGAGAGGAUGGCAGAGGUAGUGGCGGUCGUUGGGAACAUAGAGGAAGUCAUAGAUCAACCCACGAUGUAUCCCAUCAUCCUCCUGCUCGUACUUCGCGAACCUGGGAACCCAAUCAUCAUGACAACCAUGAUAACCUACCUGAAUGGGCAACCGAGAACCCAAGUGAGAGCGGAGGAAGUUUCGACGCAUCGGGUGCAUUCCAUGGCGGUAUGUAUUCCGACGACGAUGAGGAUGGGAUUAUCAGUGCCGGUGGUUCGCAAGAGCAAAGAGCUCGUAAUUUGUCCGAAGGGAAUAACUCAAGUACCUCGAAGCCUAGUAAAUCCUUGUCUCAUAGCAAUAGUUUAAAUCAGGGGCAGGCAAUAAACCGUCAUGCGAGUACCGCGACCGGUACAAUGAACAGGGAAAGACCGAAAUCCCUUCAACCAUUCGAGGUUAAAGAUGGUUCUAAUGAGCAGGAGAGAAACGGUGCUUCUCCUCCAAAACCGUCCGCCAGUACACCUAAUAAUACUCCAAUGAAGGCUCCUCCAUCAUCGGCAGGUCCUAUGCCACGUAAAGUUCAAAUUUCUGCUAACGUGGAUACGACUCUUGAAAAGAGCCACGUGCAGAAUGCACAAAGUGCCAAGAUUAUAUCUGAAUCACUGAGCAAGGAAAGUCACAUGAUGGAGCCUCAGGCUGAAGCUGUGAACACAUUGCCCAAAAGUCAACAAAACCAAAUGCAAUCGGAGCAUCAGAAUGUGGGGAACAACCUGUCUGUACCGUCUGCGGCUAACGUUAGGCACAAGCCCGACGACGAUCUGGACAGAAUGAAAGAAGAAGCCGAUGCAUUAGUUGCAAAAUUAAUGGCGGAUGAAGAGAACCAUAGAGAGGAAGCUGCUAAUGUAUCCUCCUCCGUCGGCACUCAAGGACCGGCAAUGGCUGCUGGGCAAGAAAAGUGGUUUUAUCGAGAUCCGCAGGGUGAAGUCCAAGGACCGUUCCUGGCAAGUGAAAUGGCUGAGUGGUUUAAGGCUGGUUACUUUACUGCGGGGUUAAUGGUAAGAAGGACUUGCGAUAAGAGAUAUGCGAUGCUUGGUGACUUGAUGAAGAUGUGCGGCCGAGUACCGUUUGCACCUGGUCCACCGAUACCCCCGCUCAAAUUAACCGACCCGGUACUACCGUCUGUGCCACCUACUGCAGUACCAACCGGUGUACCUGGUAGUGCCUUACCAAAAGCUGGACUAGAGGAUCCGCUACUUUUACUCCAAUAUCAGCAUAUACGAUUGCUACAGAAUCAGCAGUUGCUGCUAAGGCAAAUGCGUACGUCGGCUAUCGCCAAGCUUUCCCAGUCGGAGCAUUGGGCCACUUUAAGUCCAGUCGAACAAAACCAACUUAUCGCCCAACAUGUUCUCCAGCACUCUGAUAUACCAGAUAUACCGAUAGCUGCGAAUCCUUUUGUACCGCCUAUGGCCACUCCGCCGUCGAAUCCUGUAAUGCAGUUAUUUACUCAGAUGCAACAGGCGAAAACGCAAACGGAGAAUCAUCUACCUCCAAGUAUUCAUUCAACUACUCCUACGCAUUCUGGAGUAAUCGAUCCCAUACAACAGCUUAUCCAGCAGAUGGGUGGUAUACAAAAUUUGCCGGCAGUUCAACAGCCGAACAUAAAUCCAGCACCAGCACCAGCACCAACGCCAACGCAGGAAGUCAAUCCCAUAAAGUCAUUAUUACGUCAACUUAAUGUUAAUGUCAAUGGACACCCGCAAACACCUCAGAUGGAUUCAGUCUGGCCGCAACCGUCACCUCAGAUGACACCUCAGUUUAAUGCACAGAACUGGUUGGCACAGGUUGGUCCUAUACCCGCUAUGCCUCCUGGACAGAUACCCAAUUCUCUAUGGGAUUUACAUACUAAGGAAAUGAAGACUGAACAACAAAUUUUAGAAGAGCAAAAUCUUAGGUUACAAGAAGAAAGAAAGAAGGAGGAUAUUAGAAAACAAGCAGAAUUGAAGAGACAGGCUGAAGAGGAGAAUUUGAAGAGACAGCAAGAGGAACAGCAUACAAGACAAGCAGAAGAAGCAAAACGUAAAGAAGAAGAGAAAAAACGCAAAGAGGAGGAGAAGAAGCGAAAGGAAGAGGAGAAACGCAAACAGGAAGAGGAGCAAAAGAAAAAGGAGGAAAAGAAGCGCAAGGAUGAAGAGAAGAAACGAGAAGAGAAGAGAAAGCUAGACGAGGAGAAUAAUAAGAAAAAACAAGAAGAGGAAAAGAAGAAGCGUGAUGAAGUAAAGAGGCAGGAAGAGAAGCAAAAGAAGGAAGAAGAAAAACGAAAGAAGCUUGAAGAAGAACAGAAGAAGCAAGAAGAAGAGAGAAUGAAAAAGGAAGAGGAAGCCCGUAGAAAGACUGAAGCAGAGGAACAGGCACGACGAGCUGAACAAAGACGACGAGAAGCGGAAGCUCUUAGGAAGCUUCAGGAACGUAGCAAGGCGCCCUGGGCUCAGGCUCCUCAUGCACCAGCUACAGCAACUCAUGCUUCCCUUGCUGAAAUUCAAAGACUUGAACGAGAGAAAAAGGCCGAGGAACAACGUGUCCAGCAGUUACAGCAGCAGAUAGCCCAGCAGAAAGCUGCUGAAGCUGCGCAAGAAACUUCAGCAACAGAUUCGGUUAAGCGAUUGCAGUUCAAAUGGGCUGAGAAAGCUAAUGCUGCGAGCAAGCAACUGCAAGUCAAGAGUCUAGAUCAAAUUCAACAGGAAGAGCAAGAACGUCUUGCCAAAGUAAAGCAACAGGAAAGAGAACGACAGGAGAAAACAUGUCAGAAGGAAACCAAAAAUUCUGCAUCACUUCCAUUACAAAAUGCCGGAAUUUGGAACACUGCUACCAAAUCUCUUACUUGGGCUAGCCCCGACUGUGCCAGUAGUCAAGCCUGGGUAAAACGAGAAGCAGUUUUCUGGGACGAAUUUAUUGCUCCUAAUAAAUCUACCGUCGCUGUUAAACAACCGGCAAAGCAGACGGCACCGGCCAAACCAGCAGCUAGUAUGACUCAACCACAACAGCAGCAACAGAACAACAAGGCAACCAAGAGCAAAAGCAAGAAGGAUGAGGAAGUCGUGAGGAAACUUUUCGAUCAAAAUAUUGCCAAGCCCGAUGAUUUUACACAAUGGUGCAAUAAAGCACUGAGCGGUCUUCAUGGAUUACCUGUGGAUAUUCCAACGUUUGUCGGUUUUCUUCGUGAUAUCGAAUCGGCGUACGAAGUAAAGGAAUACAUCCGCUUAUAUCUUGGCGACAGUAAACAGUGUACUGACUUCGCCAAGCAAUUCUUAGAGAAACGAAGUAAAUGGCGAUCCGCUCAGCGACCUCAAGCACAAGCUGAUGAUCUCUGCAAGCCAGCACCUGCCAUCAAUCCAAAUACAUCAACAGAGUUUCAGGAAGUAAAGGGCAAGUCCAAGAAGCCGAAGAAAGGAAAAAUGUUCAAAGUGGACAAUAGAAUUCUUGGUUUCAGUGUAACCGCUGCUCCAGAUCGCAUUAACGUGGGUGACCGUGACUACGGAGAAGGUGUUUGAAUGAAUGAGCACAAGCUCGUGUCAUUGUCAUAUGUGCCCAAGCGCGAGGAAAUCAUGCGACACUUGGUUUGUCAGAUGGUCUGUUAUUUAUUUAUUAUGACUGCCAAAUUGGAUUCUAAGGCACUCGUUUUACGAUCCAUACAAAUUUUAUAUAAGAACUCGUUCGGAGAUUUCGGCGUCUUUUAUCUGAUACCGAGGUCAACGAGGGCCUUAGAAGCUGUAAUUGUGUAGCAUUAUUUCCUCUUUGAAAUGUAUUGAAGGACAUAUUUAAAAGUUGCAUUGUACAUAAAGCCCGAACGACGACAUUCGACAGAACAAUAUCAAAUCAUUAUUACUAUUAUGAGUGAUCUUCUGUACUAGAACAAGAAAAGCUCAUCUUAUCUCUGUAUUCUUGAUCAAUAAGAUGAGUCACAUUAUUUGGAUAUUCGUAUGAAUCAGUAUGUAAUUAAUUACAAGCUAUAUAUUUAAAUAUUUGAUUUAUAUUCAAGCAAUGAGUAUUGAUAUUGAUUAUGUCGUUAGCAUGAAACUCAUAAGGUCGUUAUUUUAUAAUUAAUAAUUUCUUAUAACGUAGAAUAUCCUGCAUAUCUUGUAAAUGAUUUUAAACUGUGCGCCUACGAAUAUCCAAAUUAGUUUGCAGUUGUAUUUUCCAGGAACAUGUCAAUAUAUGCAGCACCAUCUUAUUCCUUACCAUUUGACUAAAAACAUCAGAUAAUAAUGAGCAGUUUUACGUUCCACCUUACGUAUCUUGUUUCUAAUUGUAGCUCCUUCAUUAAAUUUGCUGACAGUUCUGUGUUACUAUGUUUUAAGAGUGAGCCCUUCAACCAGUUGUAUCUAAUAGAUUACAGAGACAGUUGUAAUUUCAAUUACUUCCUUUCCAAUCCCUUAGUGAAAAAAAAAAAAAACGUUAACGCCAUAAGAAACCAGCAUGUAAGAACACCAUAAGACUACUUAAACCAAUUGCACUGAUUAUUUAUCAGAGAAUCAUUACGCAGCACCAUGUUGGUAAUGAGUUUGUUUAAUGAUUGAUAAAAACUUCCAUAUAAUAAUCGAUCUUAAGAUGGCAUCACAUUCUCUUAAAUCUGUUAACAAUUUGUAUAUGAACUUGAGACAGCAAUACUUUUUUAUAACGAAUUUAAUAAUUCUAAUCGAGAAUUUUUUUCGAGUAUGUAUUGCAUAAUCAGCAUAAUUCAAUGCACUAUUCGGUAGAUCUACAUGCACCUAACGUUUUGUUCGGAUUAAUGUUAUUAAAUUUGUUCAUAUAAAAUGCUGAGCAAUGUUAUCACGAAUAAAUUGAAGCAUUUCUUUAUCAGUAGAUUAAAUCGAUAUUACGUUAUAGUAUAUGAUGGUGAUCGAAGUACCACUAUGAACGCGUAUGUAUAUGAUAUAAUUAUUAUGUUUAAUUUCUUUGUUGAUUAUGAUGCCUACGUGAUUAAUAUUUUAUGCAAAGAUUCAUUCGACAUGUAGUUUCGUGCAUUUAUACUCAAAAUUAAAAAAUCUAGCAGUUAUUGUACUUUGAAAAAAAUACGUGUAUAUGAAAUACUUCUCUAAUAUAUUUUUGAAUUUUUGACACUGUAGGUAGGUAUUGAGUUCACUGUUAAAAAACUUGUUUGAUGUAGAUUCAAAUGUUUUAUUUUGGAGUAUCUGGCUACGAUAAAAAUGAAGGAGGCUACUGAACUACUUAAUUUUUAACAGAUUUAAGGACUCAUUCUUUCCUGAAGUUGACAGUACACAGAAUAUCUUGUAACGCACGGCUUUCCGAUUCUCUACAGUGGACAUGGAAUGUUCCAUCAGAUCUCUGAUCGUUCAUAAUAUUGUAAAAGUUGUUAAACAAGGCUCGUUGAGACUUCUGUUCAUGUUAACCGUAAAUAGGGUGGCAUUUAAUGGAAGUUCGAUGGUCCUUAAUUGAAAGAUUUAUAUAUAUAUAAAAAAUAGGAUAUUGUAUAAUAAUGCAGUGAGGAUUACAUGAACAGAAUGAUGAUUGAUAUUGUAUUAAUACUAUUAUAAUUGUAUCUAACGUGCAACAUAAAUAAAAUAAACAUUAUUAUAUUUUC